AUGAUUAAACAAAUCUUUUUGUAUGGCAUUCAUGUUACCUAAAAAAGAGCGCAGUUUGUAUACUGUUAUAUCGAUAGAGCGGAUAAACGAUGGCAGCACUCUGCAGCCACGGGCACUGCCACCGGUAUUGAUUUUCGCAGAUGGAGGCAGAGUCAGCGGGAAAAUCAAUAUCACAUUUCGCCGGUGCUCUUGCUAUUUUCGACAUGAUAUUUUCCACACUCGACGCAAUCGCAUAAAAUUUCACAAGUUGUUUUCUUGUUGUCAAAAAGUGCGUAGGAUUUUCCGUGUCGUUUUUACGAACGAGUGAUCGAAUCUCUGCAAAACUACAAUGUAGUCCAAGUAGUGCGCGACUAUCGUCUUCUUCGAUUCAGCUACAUUUUUAUUUGACGUUACUUCGAUACCUGCUACUUGACCGAAUUAAUUUCUCGUUACAAUUGCUGGCAAGAUCUAUUUGUUAAUAAUAUACCACAUAUCAACGGUAAAAGAAGAAUAACAUGAAGAAGAGAUAAACCAGUAGAGAAUAAAUACAGUGGACGCAGAUUGUCAUCUGGUUGCCAACAAUACGAGCUCGACCGCGAUAUAUUAUUUGGUGACUCAUCCAUUGCGACAUAUUUCUCCAUCAGCUGAUCGAUGCAGCGAGAAGAAGAUACUUCGACUCACAGACGCGUAUAGACCAAGAAAGAUUUAUUGAAAGCACAACUUGACGAUUGUUGAUUAAGAACAAAAUAAUUUAACAACGAGAAGAAUCCAACUCGAACGAUAAUCGAAGAAAUAUUGAUAUUAUAAGCAAGUGUGAAGAAUCUGCGAACGAAAAAUAAUCGGGACAAUCUCCGAAAUCGAUUGGGCGAGCGACGCGAUAGAGGAAUCGUCUUCUAUGCGGCAGGAAUCCCUGACUGGCCUGAAACUGCGGCCGCCGGGCGAUCACGGUGGUGUACAUCACGGCGGGGUCAUGCUGGAGGAAGACAUGGCUGGUGCUCAGGACACGAUAUAUCUGUGCAAUUUUCGCGUGUCGGUGGACGGAGAGUGGCUAUGCCUGAAGGAGCUCCAGGACGUCGAGUUCUCGCUCCAGGACUCGAUGCAACGGUCGCCAUCGCCGCCGCUCGCACUCAGUGGUAUUAAUCACCAUCAUGAUCACCAUCACCAUCACGAACGACAACAGCUUUCCGAGCAACAGCAAGAGCUUCGCGAUAUUAUGCCGCCAAGUCCACCGCCAUUGCAGCACGUCUCCAGCUUGUCACGAGAUCCGGUAAUCAUCGAGAGGAGUAAUCUCGUUAACAUUUCGAAACUAAUCGUCAAGGAGCUGAUUGAAACGUCCUUGAAAUAUGGUCGUAUGCUCGAUUCCGAUCACAUGCCAUUGCAACAUUUCUUCAUUGUGCUCGAACACGUGCUCAGGCACGGCUUACGGCCGAAGAAGGGUCUUCUCGGACCCAAGAAAGAGCUGUGGGAUAUUCUUCAGCUCGUAGAAAAGUAUUGUCCCGAAGCUCAAGAUAUUACAUCCAGCAUUCGUGAUUUACCGACUGUUAGAACGGCUAUGGGUAGGGCGCGUGCUUGGUUGCGCAUGGCGCUGAUGCAAAAGAAAUUAGCGGAUUAUCUGAAAGUUCUGAUAGAUCACAAAGAUGAUAUUUUGUCCGAAUAUUUCGAGCCGGACGCUUUGAUGAUGAGCGAGGAAGCUAUUGUGGUAAUGGGUUUGUUGGUGGGAUUGAAUGUGAUCGAUUGCAACUUCUGCGUAAAGGAAGAAGACCUCGACUGUCAGCAAGGCGUAAUCGAUUUCUCGUUGUAUCUGCGCAAUAGUAAUCACAUACCGGGUGAAUCGCCGGACGACGAACUGGAGAACGAUAACAUGACCACGGUGCUCGAUCAAAAGAAUUACAUCGAGGAACUCAAUCGGCAUCUCAAUGCGACGGUAACAAAUCUCCAAGCCAAAGUAGAAUCUCUGACAACAACCAAUGCUCUCAUGAAGGAAGAUCUGUCCAUCGCUAAGAACAAUAUUCUGUCGCUUCAAGAAGAGAACAGGCAACUUAAAAAGGAACUCGGCAUAGAGGUUAAAGACGCAAACGAGAACGGAAAAAUACCCCUUAAAAUAACAGAGACCACAGCGGAAAUGGAGGAGCUUAGAAGCAGAUUAGAAUCUGAAAAGAAAUCUCGGCAGGAUCUGGAGAAAGAACUAGAGCUACAGAUUAGCAUGAAAUCCGAAAUGGAGGUAGCUAUGAAGUUGUUAGAGAAGGAUAUACACGAGAAGCAGGAUACUAUAAUAUCCUUGAGACGACAGCUGGAGGAUAUCAAGCUAAUCAACUUGGAAAUGUACAAAAAGCUGCAGGAGUGCGAAGGCUCGCUUAAACAUAAGACAGAACUGAUCACGAAACUGGAAGCGAAAACACUGUCGAUGACUGAGACCAUCCAGAAAAUGGAUGAGAAGUGCAAGGAGAUGGAUGGUGUCAGAUCGGGAGCGGAGGAGAGGAUGAGGAUUCUGGACGCGGAGGCGGUCGCGCGGGAAGCGCGGACGAAUGGGGUCGAGAGGGAAUUGCAGCUCGAGCGCGAAUGGAGGACCUCCUUGCAGGAAACAUCGAUCUGUAACACGGAGAAGAUCUCUCAAUUACAUCAGGAGAUCGAUCAGCUGAAGCGGGUGUCCGAGAAAUACUUGACGUUGCAAGAGGAAUAUUACGCGCUGAAGGAGGUGUGCAGCGAACACGAACGAACUCUGGAGGAACUUGGAGGACAAUUGAGCGCGGCCAAAUUAGCGGCGGCCGAGCUGCGCGAGGCCGCUGACAAUGCUCAGCUGCAGCAGCAGCAGUCGCUGCAAGAGGGCGCGGUAACCUGGGCGAACGAUCGGUUGGUCACCCAAUGCAAGGGGUGCAGUCGUGAGUUCAACAUGACUCGUCGCAAGCAUCAUUGCCGCAACUGUGGACACAUCUUCUGCAACGCCUGCAGUGACAAUACAACAGUCUUGCCGAACUCGGCGAAACCAGUGCGCGUUUGUGACGAAUGUUACGUGUUUCUGGUCAGCCGUUACUCGGUGAUGCGUUAAUACUCCAUCAAGCCUAUUGCUCUUUGUCUCUAAGGACAUUUGUGUAUCGCGGAGAUGACGGUCGCGCGUGUAUAUAAGCGCGAUCUCGGAAACGAGAACGAAAACGCGGGCGGGAGAGACCGAGAGAUAACAAAAUCUGUCCGAAAAAUACGCAGUCCACAAAUAUUUGAAUACGUUCCUCUUUUACGGUUAUGCGUAACCAUUUGUUGUAAAUUGAACGCACGCGAUGACGGACAAACCAAUCUGCCGUGAGCAAUAUUUCGUUCCGCGUUCUCGAAUCUUUUUUUUUUUUUUUUUUUAUUUCAGCGGAAAUCGCUCGCGAUAUUUUAAAGUUUACAAUGACUGCGUGUUAGAGCGGAGGUUAGAGGGAAAUAUGUGUACAAUUUAUCAAAUUUCGUUAUACGCACCGCAACGUAUAAUUUCUAAUGCAUUUUACAAAUGACAAGAUGUACGACAGAAAUAUAUGUGACCGACGGAAUUUAUUAUUAUUUUCGUUCAAGCUGUGUUUUAUGGUUUUUGUCGGAACGUUGCAUUUCGUUGCACAAACUGUUGUUUGUCUCGCCACGGUGAGAAUCCAACGAUCAGAUUACACAUGAAAUGCGUUUACAAGUACGUAACUGCGCACCUUGCUUGUAGUGUAAUAUGUUUGGACAGUAGUUUGCAUUUGUUACGCUCAGCGGGAUAUAAGAUUGUUCGCCGUGUGAUCGUUAACUCGGAGACAAUUUGUGAAGUAUCGAAAAAAAAGAAAAACGCGUGCCUGUACAACGAUAUUUUUCAGAUAUUCUAUACUAUUCUAAAAAAAAAAAAAACGAAACAAGAAGAGAUUAUGUAUAAUGGAAAUA